AUGAGUUAAAAUGAUAUAGAAAAUCAAAGCGAAGGAGAAAUAGAAAUAGAAGAGGGUGAAGAAAUAUGUGUGGAUUUUUAAAGAAACAAUAUAUACAAUUAAAUAAAACUUACUGAUAGCUAUGAAUAAAGAGCAUGCUGUAGAUCAGAGUUUGAACUAGAUGAGUAGAUGAUAUUUCCAGAAUCUUUACAUAUUGAUUAUAAACACUAUAAUUGGCCUAUCAUUUCUCCUUAGAUUACAAAAAAGAUUGCAGUUGAAAUUUUAAGUUUUUUGAACUGCAGUGGCGGGGCUUUGCUAAUUGGAAUAAAUGAUUAAGAUUAUAAAGUUAAAGGGAUACAACUCAAUACUAAGUAAAGAGAAGAAUUUUAAAAAUAUAUUGAUGAUAAAAUACUUUGUUUUAUACAUCCUAUUGUAAAAAAUGAAGUCUAAGUUACCUUUAUUCCUAUAAGAUAGGGGGAUGUGUGGAAAAAAAAUUUAUAUGUGAUAAGAGUAUUGAUUUAGCAAGGAAAAACUGAUGAAGUUUAUACAUUUAGUUCUGAUAAUUUCGAAAUGCUUGCUUCAGUAAGAAGAUAAUCAUCAUGCUUUAUUUUAAAACAAGAGCACAUAAAGAAUGAAAUAUAAAACAGAAUUAAAUUUCCUAUUCUUAAAAUCCCACCUCAUUUUUGUAAAUAAGAAAAUAUUGAGGGAAUUAAACAAUCUUGUUAUGUGAGCGAGCUAGAAAAAAAUCAUACAGAAUCUAUCUAGAAUAAUGAAAAUAAAGAAAGUUAAUAAAUAUACCAUGAAAAUACUUAGAAAAUAUUUGUUUAGUUCUUACAAAAUUGUAAUGAUUCUGUCAAUUAGCUGACAAGAGCUAUAUCUAACAUUUUGGCUUAAAACUGCAUUGAAUUCACAAAGAUAUCUCAGCACAAAUAAGUUGUUUUUAAUAUAAAAAAGAGAAAAUAAUGCAAGUUGGCUAAUGAGGUACUCUCAAGUUAGUAAGAAUUGUAUAAUUAACAUCAUGAAAGUCUUAUUAGGAUUACGUUCUAGUAACAAAAAAUAUUUUAAGUAGAUAUACCUGCUUAAAAGGUAAUAAUUUUCUAAAAUAUUGAUAGAUCUAAGAUACAGAAUUUAAAAUAGUUUUUACUAAAUGAAAUGGGAGACAUUUAUAUACUCCCUUUAGAAUAUAAUUUUAUGAUUUAAGUAGAUGAUCUUAAAGAAGCUUGGAAUUUUUUAAAUAAAAAAAGAAAAAUUCUAACUAAAUAUAGCUUUAAAAAUGUAGAAGUUAGAUAUGGAAUUAGUGAUAACAUGAAAAUAACUAUAAGUAACUUGAUAGACAAUAAAGAAUCUUUGCUGAAUUUUCAAAAGUACUUUGAAGACAUAAGUGUAGGAAUAUCGUGUAAGGGUGAAGACAACAAUGAUUAAGUUAUUUUGUAUUUUAGCAGCUUUAUAGAUUAUAUUUUAGCAUCUGAGAGGCUAUAAUUUUUAAUGUAUUAAGAUCAUAACUUUAGAUAAUUUGGAAAAAACCAAAAGAUUUAUAUAAAUCUUGAAAUUAUCAGCAAAUGA